CAUGGCUGCGCCCUGUAAGCGCUCGGCGGCGGCGAUGCAACCGUAAACUCCAUUUUCCUGUGGAAAUCCAUGUACAAGCUGAAUAAUAACCCCCUGCAGUGACUUCUCUUCAGAACUCACAUAUUCUGGCUGUGCUUUUAAUGCAGUGCUUUGUCAGAAGGACCCUUGAUUGAUUCCCAGUAUUUGCUUUGUCACAUAACCAUCGUCACCAUCCUCACUACCAUAAUGUCUUGGGUACAGGCUGCCAACAGCCAAUGCAAUGAAGACGUGUUUGAUGAAGAUGCAGAUGAGAUAUAUAUAGCACAGAAAGAGUGGAAUAGCACCAUGAAGAAAAGAUUGAAGGAAGGCUAUAGGGAUGGCAUUGAGGCUGGCAAAGAACUUGCACUCCAGGAAGGCUUCAACAUGGGCUACAGACAAGGUGCUCAGCUGAUGGUCACAUGUGGCCAGUUCAGAGGUACCCUGAAUGCUCUCUUAUCGUGGUGUCAGCUUAAUGGACACGAUUCUGCUUUGAGUAAGAUAAAUCAUCUUUUAGAUGUAGUUGGAAAGCAUGAAGAAGAUGUGCUUAAGUACCUCAAUUCUACCCAGGAACAGCCACAUGUUGGAGACAUUUUAGAUAUUGUUCAAGACAUGGACCUUAGUGAUACAGCUCCAGCUGGGACAGAAUGUGAUGCAAUUAAAGCUGAAAAAGAUGAACAUACUGACAACUCUGGCAACACUUGUUGUAGAAAUAGUGGUAAGGAUGAUUCAUUGCAAUCUAUGUGUAGCCAGGCAAAGUUUUGCACAGAUGCUGGACAGCCAACCCUUGCUUGGGUUAAGGAGCAGACUCUUUGUUUAGUAGAGCAACUGGGCUCCUCACUGGAGAUGCUACAUCAUGUCCAGCAACUGGGACAUUAAGUUUCUCUGUCUUGUGGUAUUUGAAACUACCUGAACUGGAUUGGAGUGUGSGUGGAGCAGGUGUAGGCUCCUGGCUGACUUCAUUUCAGGGAAACUUGAUUCUGAUACUUUCCCUUUAGAGGUCAUUCCCAUAAACUUUACCAUGCUUCAGUUCCUGUCCAAAAACACCCCUUUGCUUUCAUUUUUAAACAAUGGCUUUCCUUGAAAGGCCAGGUGAUUUUAAAAGCUGUGGUUUAACUGCACUUAUUUCUGUUYUGUAGGAGAACCUUAUUUUCACCCACAUUCUCUCUUUCUUGUCCCCUAAAUGCCUUUAUAAAUGUUAAACCUGCAGGAACUUUUUGUUUUAUGUCACAUUCCUUCUCCUGUCCUUUACAGUUGCUAAGAAGGGAACUUUCACAGCUUUUCUCCUCCUUUCUGCACUUCUGUUUACACACCAGCCUCUGCAAUUGCAGAAGCCAUGGCACAGCCUUGUUUUACUCUGCUACGCACAGUCUGUUCUGAACCUGUUGGACCACUCUAAACGCUUUUCUAAAACAUUGUUUUUGUGUUUGUUUUGCUAGUCCUUCUAGUCUGAGCUCUCCCCAUCUCUCAUUCCCCUAGAGCUCYCCUCCUACCCAGCAGGUUAAGGAAGCACAGCUUCCUGCCUUUACAUGCUCUUAAAAAUAUGCUGUCAGACAUGGGGCUGUACUUGACAGCUUCAUAUUUCUGUGCCAGGAUCUUGUGUGGGACUUCCUUUCCUAGGACUCACCUUAGCUUUGACUGCAAUGUCCUCUGGUGAGGAAGCCUUUUCUCUGUAAAGGACCAUCUCUAUUUUGCUAUAAUUAAACUGGUUUACAGUAAGUGUGAAGCUUAAGGUGCUUAUAACCAUCUUCCCUAUCUGAGACAAGGUGGGGUUAGGCUGAGGCGA